AUCACGUUCAGCUUAUCGAUAUUACAUCGAUAUAUCCUUUUACUGCAUAACUACCAUGACGGACAUCGCAGAAUGCGACGGAGAUCAACCAUCCGCACCUGCCCGUUUACCAGUAGAGCUGAUACGCCUCAUCAUUCAAAAUCUCGUUCUCGACAGGCCUGCUCUCCAAGCCUGCGCCAUAACGUGUCACACAUGGUCAGAGCUGUGUCGCGAGAUUCUCUUCCACACAGUACACCUCGAUCUCAAGGAGAAACGAGAAGAUAUCCACAUUCCUUUCAUUUCGAAUAUAGAUCCGAUCGCAGCGCGGCUUGAAACCUAUCUGCAAUUCUAUAGCUCGACUCCGGCUGUCGUCCGACACGUUCGAGCCAUCGUGUUGAAGUAUUCACCAACAUGUAACCGCAUCUUCAAACCUAAAGAGCUUCGCGCCGUUAUGUCGGUCUUUCCGAGACUGCUCAAUCUCGAAUUACCCAAUUGCGAGUUCGUUGUUGGAGACGAUAUCUCACCUCCUUUUAUCCAUGAGUUGGAGGGUUUGAGUUUGCAAUUUGCGACCUUUGACAGCACGCAGUCUCUGCUCGAUUUCCUGGCUCAGUUUUCCGGUCUACGACGUUUAUCUUUGAACUACGUCGAAAUACGAUCUUCCCCGUUGAAUGAUCAACAUACGUUUCACCACUUUCCUAGGGAGCCAGUUUGGCACAUCACACACCUCGACACAAUGUCUUAUGUGAGCGAGGCCAUCCUAAAGAUGGUCCGUGGACUUUCUGCUUUGGACACUCUUUGCAGUCUUCGCCACAUUCCCCGCAAAGGAGACCUUGAACCGCUGCAGGACUUGCUCAAUGAGGCAGGUCGUUAUCUUUCACAUCUGGAAGUUGACUAUGGGAUGAUUGGGGAGGAUUGGACCGGUAAAUUCCGAGAUUCGCCCUCUCUUAUGUCGAUUGCUGAUCCCUUUGUAGGGCAACUUGACCUCUCGCCCUGCGGAGCAUUGCAAACCCUAAACCUGGGCAUCCCCCCACGUCAGCUGGGCACCCGUCUAGCCCACUUCGUCGAUAUACUUUCUCAAAGUGCUCCAGCUAGCCUUCGGGAGAUAACCUUCAAUGUUGUCUUUGAAGAGGAGCACGCCCAAUGUGAUUCAGCUUGGCCCAUUCUGGAUGAGCUCUUGACAGGAGGAAGGUUUCCUCACCUCAAAGUGUUCAUGCUUCGGGAACAGUGGAUUAAUGGUCUUAUUGAUCCUCAACAAAUUGAGCAGAAGCUCCCAUUGGCUUGUCGCAAACGGAUAGUUUAUGGUAAAUACGUUGGACGAGAUAGGUUUGUCGUUGGGGCUAUUUUCGCAUGACCUUUGAGAGUUUAGAUAAGAGCGCCUUGGCAUUUGGCCCGGUAUGGCUUGAGCACGUAUUUCCAUCCUACAUGAUUUUACACAAUAGGAUACUUGGACUCGCCUCGUUUCCCAUGUUCUGACCCAAGUGUAUCUAGGUUCAUUACCAACUCUGUACGUGCUUCACUCGAUCCGUCACAUGCCUCAUGCCUACUUCCUAUUAGGCAGAAAGGACGAAUUCGUUGGUGUAUCCUGGCUUACAUCUUCAUGAUGUAGCCGGCCCAGAUCGAGUAGACUUGACCAUAAUGCCCACCAUCUUGACGUCAGGUCUCCCUUGAUCACCAAGUUGUUGUGUGGACUCUGGGUUGGCUACACGUUUGUUCUUAGAACCGGGGGGACGGCCCCUUUUUCUUUUAGGUGGAGGUUCAGUAACGGAAUCGUUUUGGACUCUUCUUCUCUUUCUUAUUUCAAACGCUACCGGUGCCUUUUGAGCUUCUGAAAUAUGGUCUUGACCACGGCCUUUAACUGUAAAGUGAUUUGUGAAAUGGUGGUGAAUGUUGGGCCCAAAUUUUAAUCUGGCCUACC